GAAGGGUCGACUGCUCCUUCUCCUUCUCCUGCUAAGGCCUUAGAUGUGUCACAAAAUGCACGCCAUACACAAACCACAAGUGGUUCACCAGAGUUCGUCUUCUCGAAGUCUACAUGAUUUUCGAUAAGUCGCACCCCGUCUCUCAGGGAACUAUAAAGAAGAAGCACCACAAACAGAGGAAGAGUCAACGCCGAAUGUGUAGAAUAAGGAAGAAGACUACUGCUCCGUUGAGUAUUUGUUGACACUCGCAAGGAGUUGGGAUCUUGUCUCUCGCGGCCAGCCAUGGAAGUGACAGGGAGAUUUCUGUCCUGAUGCUGCGAUCUCACGCCUAAGCGUUCCUUACACAAAUGGACACGACGUUACUGGCCUCCGCCGUGAUCGUGUGGGAAUGGCUGAACGAGCACGGGCGCUGGCGGCCGUACAGCCCGGCCGUGUCUCACCACAUCGAGGAGGUGAUGAGAAGCGAUCCCCGCGGCGGCAGCGUCGUUUUAGGCCGAGCUGACAGCCGCCUGUCGCCCUACAUCAUCGAUCUUCACUCCAUGCGUCAGUUCAGACAGGACACCGGUACGUUAAGACAAGUGCGACGGAGUUUCUAUGACCCCACCUCAGCACCAGGCCAAGGCUGGAUAUGGGAGUGGGAAAAUGACGCAGGUUCUUGGACGACCUAUGACAUGGAGGUUAUCAUUGCCUUGCAAGCGGCGUGGGACCGACAGCAACCCUGGCUGGACCUGACAUCGAUUGGCUUUUGCUACUUUGUGGACUUCCAGACCAUGACCCAGAUUAACAGGCAAACACAGCAGCAGAGGCGUUUGCAGAGACGCUCAGAUAGGGUUUACCCACUGGUCUCAGGGCCACUGCCUAAAACCUCACAGGCUUGGGGUACAGGCUCAGGAACUGGAGGCAUGAAUAGAGGAGUUACAUCAGGAGGGGGCACAUCCGGGGCACAUCUUGGGGUUGGUGUAUCUGGUUCUACUUUGAGUAGAAAAGGAAGUGCGGUAUACCCAAACGGGAUGCUUUCGAUAUCAUCUCUCAAUCCCACUGGACAGCCAUGUGCCUGCCAGCAGUGCAUGCUGGUGUUGAGUGUAAAGGCAAAUGGAACCUCAUCACAGACACUGGGACGUGCAACAAAGCCAAACAGUCCUAAAUUCAAUUUUGGGACACUUCCAUCCUCUUCUUCAUCCAUGUCUGUUUUAAACUCGUAUUCUCAUACACUACCACGGGGCACAUCUUUAAAAUGCUCGCUCUCAGAAGAAGCCAAGAAUUCUGCUUUUGAUCAGUCAUUGUCUCUUCUCAUGUCAGAUACUGCCAAUCUCUCAAUCUCCUCUAGCCGUUCACCGCCUCUAACUCUGCCAUCGUCGAAUCCGCAGCCUUCAUCUGUCCCAAGCUCUUCGUCUUCAGCAACCUUUGUGGCUACAGCCAUGCUUAUUAACACAUCAGCCAUUCCCACAUCAUCCACAGCAUCUUCAACAACGUUGCCCACUCAACGCUCCGCUGCGUGUACUGCCCCUUUACCAACUCGUGCCAGUCUGACAGGGCUCAGUCAGCCUGCUUUGCACAGAAUUGCCAUGGCACAGUCACGGGCCCUGAUUGCCUCUGGGGUACCGACAGUACCAGUGAAGAAUCUCAAUGGCUCCAGCCCUAUCCAUCCGGCUUUAGCUGGUAUUACAGGUAUUCUGAUGAGUGCAGCAGGAUUACCUGUAUGUUUGACCCGUCCACCAAAACUAGUUCUGCAUCCCCCACCUGUCAGCAAGGGUGACAUCAAACCAAUUCCUGGCAUUGGGCACUGUUACCGAAAGACCACCAAGAAACAAGCACGCAAAGGUAGAACACCUGAGGAAGUGGUAAAAAGGUACUUACAGAAGGUCAGGAAUCCACCAGAAGAAGAUUGUACUAUCUGUAUGGAGGCUCUGGGGGGACCCUCAGGGUAUAAGGGUCCAGGUGAGUCUGUUGGACGACUGGCACAGUGUGGGCAUCUUUAUCACUUGCAGUGCCUAGUGGCCAUGUACAACAAUGGCAACAAAGAUGGCAGCCUGCAGUGUCCCACAUGCAAGACAAUAAAUGGAGUAAAGACGGGCAACCAGCCGCCCGGUAAAAUGGAGUACCAUGUCAUCCCACACUCACUUCCAGGACACCCAGACUGCAAAACCAUUCGCAUCAUAUAUAACAUACCGCCCGGGAUACAGGGUCCUGAGCAUCCAAAUCCGGGGAAGUCUUUUACUGCAAGAGGAUUUCCCCGUCACUGCUAUCUCCCAGACAAUGAAAAAGGACGCAAGGUGUUAAGGCUGUUAUUGGUGGCGUGGGAUCGACGGCUGAUCUUCUCAGUGGGCACCUCCAGCACCACGGGAGAAUCAGACACUGUCAUCUGGAACGAGAUCCAUCACAAGACAGAAUUUGGCUCCAAUCUCACUGGACAUGGCUAUCCAGACUCUGGCUAUAUCGACAAUGUACUGGAGGAGCUUAAAGCCCAGGGCAUCUCUGAAGAUGAGGAACAGCAACUGUGAACAGGACGGGACGUGUGAGAAACCAUAGGAAAAUGAGAACUACGAUGAAAACAGUGUGACUAAUUGGUACAAAUAACUAUGUAAAUGUGGAACAAGUAUGCAGGUAUCCCAUUCUGAAUACAAAUUUGGGGAUAUAGUAACACAACUAACAUGAGAAUGACAUUUGGUUAACGGUGAAAGGUAAGUUUGAAAGAAAAAUGAGAGAAAGGAAUGUGUGAAAAGUAAGAAUGGGAGGUGGAGGGGAUAUGAAAAAUAAGGCAAUAGAAAGACUAAGAAAAUGCAGGUUAUUGAAGCAGCCGACAUGGUUUAUCUGCUUAAAUGAUGUUGCGGUGUGAGUUUGUGUAAAACAUUUGUAAGUGGGGGUUUAUUUGGUCAACUCUGGUACCUCCAAAUGGAUAAUUUGCUCUGAAUCUGUUUCCUAGAGCUGAGAAGUAUAGUUAAGCGCAUAUGAAUGCUUGUAUAUUUUAAUUUGUAUCAUCAUACGACAUCAUUCCAUGUAUUCAGUCUUGUGUAUUGAGAACUUGUACUAUUUUUGUACGGAUGACAAUGUGUGCAUAAGAUUCAGUGUUUGGAUUAAUCAAAAUAGAGCAGCAUUUUAUUUUAUUUUUUUAUAUAUCAAAAUAGAAAUGAUUAUUAUAUCAUAGAAUAUCACAUUUUCACGGUACAGGAGAAGCUGAGAAGUGCUGCUUUACUCAACGUUCAGCAUUAAAUAUGUUCCGCUUUAAAACAGAAGAAAGCUAUGAGCCAAUGUAGCUAAUGAGAUGGGUAGUUUAAUUUAGUGAUAUUUUGCCAAAAUGAAUUUUGCAAACUCAAGGAUUUGCAUAAAAUAUGAUAUAGUUCCUUUUAACUGUUCUUUACUGUUCUUAUACCAUGUUUUAGGCCAGUGUUUUUGUUAGGUCAAUUCUUGACCUGUUUCAUAAUGAUCCACUUCUAAGAACGUGCCAUUGUUUGGUAUGUGUGUAUCUGUGCAUGUGUGAGCCCAUGCAUCAUGUGUAUGUUUGCAUUUGUGCUUGAUUUAAAUAUGAGUGUAUGCGAUGCAUCCACAACACAGAGGUACUGUUACUCAUCUGCAUAAUUGUCUUCAUGUAUUUCUGAUUGUAUUUCUCUUUCAUAUUGUCCUCUAUUUUCCUUGUUUACUAUGUUUUAAGAAUGUUUCAUAUUGAGAAAUUGUAGACUGUUUUUGGUUUAUUUUUGCCUGUCAAAUGCUAUUUUUGUUCAUGUGAAUCAUAGAGAUGUCUUAAGUUAUGGGGAAAAAAAGCUUUGAAAUCGACCAACUGCAUUAUGUUGAGUUUUGUAAUGUGUUAAGCAUUAAGAUAAAAUGUUCAAAUAAAAAUGUUGAAUAUUAUUGGAAGAAAAAAAAAAAAACAUUUUGACAAAUCAGGAGUCGAGCAUGAAAAUACCUGUAUAUGAAAAUGUAAAAUUAAAAACUAAAAAAACAGAAA